GAUCCAUCUCGGCCUCAGGAGCUGGCUAGGAAGGUCCCGGUGGGCGCACACGGCUAGCGUCUUUCUUCUGCUUCCUUCUGUUCCUUCAAACCUGGUCUACAUUGGAACCCCGUCCCUCUACAUACUACCGCAAAGCGCCAAUCAUGGGCAAACCACGGAUGAUUAUUCUGGUGCGUCACGCUCAGUCAGAAGGAAACAAGAAUCGUGAAAUCCACCAGAGCAUCCCCGACCACCGCGUGAAGCUCACCGCCGAGGGACAUCGGCAGGCCCAGGAGGCAGGGACUCAUCUGCGGAGCCUAUUGCGACCCGACGAUACCAUCCACUUCUUUACCUCUCCGUACCGGCGCACUCGGGAGACCACGGAAGGCAUUUUGCAGUCUCUGUCCUCUGAUUCUCCCUCUCCGACUCCCUUCCCCAGACACACGAUCAAGGUGUAUGAGGAGCCUCGACUCCGCGAGCAGGAUUUCGGAAACUUUCAGCCAUGCUCGGCAGAGAUGGAGCGGAUGUGGCUGGAGCGCGCGGAUUAUGGCCAUUUUUUCUAUCGGAUCCCCAACGGUGAAUCGGCGGCCGAUGCCUAUGACAGGGUCAGUGGGUUCAACGAGUCGCUAUGGCGUCUCUUUGGAGAGAACGAUUUCGCCAGCGUCUGUGUCCUGGUCACCCAUGGUUUGAUGACGCGGAUCUUUCUCAUGAAGUGGUACCACUGGAGCGUAGAAUACUUCGAAGAUCUGCGAAACAUCAACCACUGCGAGUUUGUUGUCAUGAAACUCAACCCGGAUAACGGAAAGUACGUGCUGCAGAACCAGCUACGCACCUGGUCCGAGCUGCGAAAGGAGAAAGAAGCGGAAAGACAGCGGGAAAGGGCUUCUAAAGGGCUUGGGCCGGCGGCGCCUUUAAUGCCGUCCGACCAUUCGGUGCCUAUCAGGCGCACAUGGGGCGGUUGUCCUGACGGAUGUAACCAUGGCGUGCGGAGAAAAGGCUCAGUGCGUUCGUCCCGACCCAAUGCGGCGGACGCACAUAAGAGACAGAACGAAGCCAGUCGAAGUGCUGCCAUUCAAGAGACCAAGAUUGAUCAUCACCAUCACCAGGAGCCGUCGGGCACAGUUUCCACGAAUUCGACAGCUCAGGUGGAACAGCGGACGCUGACAGCUCCCGAGCCAGGGCUGGGAGACCGCUCAACAGAGGCGAAACCUGUGGAUAAAACUAUCCCCUCCCCGCCUCGGAGACACGAUUUCCAUAGGCAGGAUACUUCCGUGACUACUCAUGUCUCUCAUUCCAGACUGUUAUCAAAUGAUGGGGCCGACGCCAAUGAGAACGACAACUCCAGUAACAAAAGCAAUGACAAUGAUACGAGUCCUCAAAUUCCCCGAUCGGUCGGCCCAAGUCCAAGCCCGAUUCCCAAACGUCCGGGACUGAUGCACUUGCACCGCGACAGUGAGGAUCAUCUUCUCCAUCCCCCACGGUCAAACUACGGCCUCUAUCAUCUUGGUGGUCGGGACGGGGGCGGUUCUCUGAGCGGAGCGAACAGCCUCGUUCCCUCCGAGGACGAGCACGAGAUCAAGAAACGCGCCGCCCGUCGGCCUCUCCAGCAUCAACCCAAGUCCUCUCAGGACUUUGGCAACGACGGCGACGACGAGGGCAGUGGACAGCAUCAAAGAUUGCGUCGAACGCGGUCCCACAAUCACCACCAUCACCACCAUAGUCACCGCUAUAAUCACAAUAACACCCUAGCCCCCGGCAGGCGACAUCUCGCGCAGCAGGUGGGUAUCAAGCUGACCGAGCGAGGUCAAAAUGACCACGACUACGACGGCAACGACGACUCUUCGAUCCAGAGCCAGAACGAGUCCCAGCCCCUGCAUGGAUACCAUGAUGAACACGACGAUCACGAUGACGACCACGACCUUCAUGACGAACACAACGGCGACAGGACCGACGACUCUAGCAUUGAGGCUCAACGAAGAGAGGACCAAAGUAUCCGAGGAAGCGUAUACUAGUCCGGCAUCGUUCCCUCCACAGACAUACCCUUCUCAAGCCAACACCUCCACCCUCAUAUUUUAAUGACCCAAUUCUCUUUACGACAACGGCCAAUACUUUCCUUCCAAGCACUCGACCCCUUUCGGUAUUCCAUGCGUUCUCUCUUCUUCCUUUAUUUAUCUUAUCGCCUUCAACUCUUCAUCUUUCGGCUCUGCAGUUUUCUUUUUUGGAAGACUCCUUCCUUGAGUUGUUUUUGGUACUGAUACCCAACCACUUUACUUCCGUAUUAUACUCUACCUUACCUUACUACAUUGGACUACUAUACUAUACUACAAGCAUACAUUGAUAACUUCUUCUAUUUCCUCGUUCAUCAAACGAUUCUUCCCCACCCCAAUAUUUGCUCUAUCUUUCUACCCUCUUGGGUUUCGUUCUCCAUUGGUACAUUCAUUCAUUCUACAUCAAACUAUAGAUGACCGACCUUCGCCCUAUACAUAAAUUAGACACACAUUCCUUGCAUUU